GUCAAUUCCAGUCCAGUUGUAAAAAUGCUGCCAAAAAUUUUCAUAAUUUUCGCCACUUUGGCCAUCUCCGUGUUCGGGGUUCAAGUCGUUUUUGACACAGCGGACGACAUUGCUAAAAUCCUUCAAGUUUCCUGCUCUUAUGCGGAUAAUUACGCCGAUUUCGGGGAGGACGGUUGUACCCGGGAGCCGGAGGAGAACCUCUUCCCCGAAAAGACGGGGUACUGGACAGGUUGCGAGACGAGUUGUAGUCUGAUUUAUUACGGAGGCUUGUUGCCAAAACCGCAAAAAUUAUGGAUUUCCACGUACAUGACGGGUAGUCCGGCUUGGAUUGAAAUUUCGGGUAAAAGUUCCCCCGGUGGGGAUGAAGGGGACGAGUGGACGUAUGGGUAUAUAGAUUCAGAUCGGAAUGGCUGGUGUUAUGAGGAGAUUAAUUUGGCAGCUUUUCCCGGACAGGAUGCAGCCGAAAUCAACUUCACCGUUUCCGGUGUCCCGUCUGGCGGAUACGUCCUCAUCGACAAGAUCAUCAUUGACAUAGGAAACGACCAGCUUUCUCCGAUUUCAAUUGAUACGGAGGCCGACAUUGUACCGGAACAUUGGCCCUACAACGAUUGUAUCCAUGCUGAUCAGUACACCGAUUUUUCGGGGCUCGGAUGUCCCCUCGUCCCGGAAGAGGAUCAAGCUGGGGCUGGAUACUGGUCCCCGUGUGAUCAAAGUUCAUGCAAAAUUGAGCACGCAACCAGCCCGAGUAUCCUUCCCUCCGCGGUUCAUAUCAAAGGCUAUAUUGCUGAUGAAGGUCAAAUCUUGGUCGCCAUUGCUGAGACCGGAAAUGGACGAAAUGUUUCGCAUACCGUGAUUGACACGAAAUCGGCCAGGCUCGGGGCAUGGCUGGAUUAUAGCGUCGAUUUGACCAGAUAUCGACAUCAUAAAUUCCAAAUCAUUCUUAAAUCGAACGGAGGAUCAGCCAUGUUGGACUCGUUAUCUUUCGUUUUUGACGAUUUUGUUCAAGACCAACCAGAACCAAACGAGUUACCAGUGUGCGAACGGAAACCUGCCACGGAAGAACCAACUACGACCACAGAAACAGUCACGACCACAGAAGCAGUCACGACCACAGAAGCAGUCACGACCACAGAAGCAGUCACGACCACAGAAGCAGUCACGACCACAGAACCGGUCACGACCACAGAAGCAGUCACGACCACAGAAGCAGUCACGACCACAGAACCGGUCACGACCACAGAAGCAGUCACGACCACAGAAGCAGUCACGACCACAGAAGCAGUCACGACCACACAACCAAUCACGACUACCGGACCAACUACAACCCCUGUCCCAAUUACAACCCCGGUGCCAACUACUACUACACCAAUUUCUACGACCACUGCGCCACCUACGACUACCGAACCAACUACUGUCACCACUCCACCAACCACGGUGACUACACCACCAACCACUACAAGUCCAACGACUGCUGUACCAACUACAACUACUAGACAAACUACUACGCCCGUAACAACUACCAGCCCCACUACCGAGCAGUCCACCACGGAGAGUAGCGCUCGCUUCCUUCUGUCCAGCAUUUCUGUCUCGAUCUUCUUGGUCGUAGUUGGACUAAUUUGGUCCCAAUGAUUCAAAUUUUAUGUCAAAUUUUGUCUAACUAUUUAACAAUUUUGGACAAAAAAUAAAUAAUUUUGGGACAAAUAA